CACAACACACAGUCACUGCAUUUCACUCAUUAGAAGCUAAUUUCAUCAAUGGCAGAAUCAGAAGGCAAGAAGAAAACGGUGACACUAAAAUCGAACGAUGAUAAGGAAUUUGAAGUUGAAGAAGCAGCAGUUAUUCAAUCGGAAAUGAUCAAGAACAUGAUUGAAGAUGGAUGCGCUACGGGUGUCAUUCCACUUCCUAACAUCGAUAGCAAAACCUUAACCAAGGUCAUUGAGUAUCUCAACAAGCACAUUACCAAAGACGAAGACGAAGACGAGGAAGAGGAGGAUGCUGGAAAGGCCGCGGAAACAGGAGAGGAAGACGAUCUCAAGGAGUUCGACGAGCAAUUCUUGAGCGUGGGUUGGGAAGAGCUCUUCGACAUCAUAAUGGCGGCGAAUUAUUUGAACAUUCACGAGUUGAUGGAGUUGUGUUGCCAAUCUGCAGCUGAUAGGCUGAAGAACAAAAGUGUUAGAGCUGUUCGGGAGAUGUUAAAGAUUACCAAUGAUCUCACUCCAGAAGAAGAACAGGCAAUUAUCGAUGAUGCUCCAUGGGCAUUUGAAGGUCCUGAGAUUGAUGAUACCGUCAACUAGAUUAUAAUAAUAGUGUCAUUUAUUAAUAAGUAGUAGGUAUCUUGUGAAUUUAGUCGAGGUGCACGCAAGAUGUCCCUGACAAGACGCUUGUUUUUUUUUU